AUGGAGCCGCAGGAGCAGUCGGGGCGGGCGGACGCCGCCGAGCCCGGGGCGAGCCCGGACGGGGAGUUCCAGGCCGUGGUGCAGCGGACGCAGGUGCUGCUGCUGGCCGGGGAGACGUGGGAGCCGGAGCGCGCCCAGGCCGCGCUCAGCUCCUUCGCCCACGAGGUGCUGCCCGUGGCCCGCCGGCCGCCCAGCCCCGCGCCGCCCAGCGCGCCCCCGGCCGGGCAGCUCAUCUUCUUCCUGUGCCGCGCCUCGUCGCUGCGGGGCCGGGCCGAGCGGCUGCGGGAGGUGCUGCGGGGCGUGCGGGAGCAGAGCCGCGGCGCGCCCGCCGCCCUGGUGGGGGUGAUCGUGCAGCCCCGGCCCGAGGAGGAGGCGGAGGCCCGCCGCCGCCUGGAGGAGCUGCUGCUCGAGGUCUUCCAGCCGCCGGGGCCGGGCGCCGCGCCGCGGGUCGAGGUGCACACGGCCGUGUUCCGCCCCGGCCGGCCCGAGGGGGCCCUGGAGGUGAAGAAAGCCGCUUGCGAGGCCGUGAGGGAAGAGCCAG